AUGCAGUCCGAGAAAACUGAAGAUCUGCCGGAGAAUCCUCGAGAGUGGUCGAAUUUUAUUUCUUCAUCAUGUUAUUGGUAUACCAUGCCCAUCUUUAAUAAGGGCAAUAAAAAAACAUUACACGCAAACGAUAUUUACAAACCCUUGAAGGAACAUAAGUCGGAUACUCUUGGCACCAAGUUGUGGUCCUCGUGGGACCGAGAACAAAGAAAUGGCCAGAAAAAGCCAAAACUGCUAAGAGCUCUGCUUCGGGUAUUUGGUUGGCAAUUAGGAUUGCCCGGUCUGCUUGUUUUCCUGGUGGAGCUGGGAUUGGAAUCUUUUAAGCCUAUCUAUCUGGUAAAGCUUAUUUCGUACUUCGGACACCGUUCAGAAUCCGUUGAUAUGGGGUCUUACUAUGCGGGCGCUUUGAUCAUAAGUAACGCCCUCAGCGUAAUUAUCAUAGUUCCUGCCAUGUUCACCUUGCAACUUGUGUUCUUCAAGAUUCGCGUGGCUUUAAGCAGUUUGGUCUACCGCAAGGCCCUGCGUCUUAGCAAACGGGCACUGGGCAACACCAUGUCCGGGCAUGUGAUCAACCUGAUUUCGAACGACAUCUCUCGUUUGGAAAAUAAUGCCCAUUUUAUACAUUACCUUUGGGUAGGGCCACUGCAAACUGCGUUGGUUACCUACAUGAUGUACCAGGAGAUUGGAAUUGCUGGUUUGUUUGGGGUGAUCUUUAUGCUCCUCUUGAUACCCCUUCAGAUGUUUCUGGGAAAGAUGACGGCGGUGCUGCAGCUGAGGGUCGCCAAACGGACGGACAACCGUAUACGGAUGAUCAAUGAAAUCAUCUCAGGCAUCCAGGUGCUCAAGAUGUACGCCUGGGAGCUGCCCUUUCAAAAAAUGGUGGAAUAUGUUCGCCAGAAGGAGAUGAACGGCAUCCGCAAGGGGCAAUACAUAAGUAGCUUCCAUCUUGUCUGCAAAGUAACCCUCUCGCGUGUCUCCAUCUUCUUCAGUUUGGCUGGCUACGUUUUCCUGGGACAUUUCCUUACACCGGAAAAGGCCUUUCUGAUCACUGCCUUUUAUAAUGCUCUGAAAAUCCCCAUGACCAUGUUUUUUCCUAUUGCCAUCAACUAUACGGCGCAGAUCCUGGUUUCCAUUAAGCGUGUGGAGAAGUUUUUGGAACUGGAGGAGGUUAUGGAGUUGGAAAAGAUCGAGGAUCUUAGCCUUGCUGGGGAAGAGGAGGAAAAGCUUUUACCUCCAUCCCAAAAGGUAAUUGAUCCAGAGAUCAUUCUCCCAGAGUCUGCCAUCUCCAUCACUGAACUGAAGGCCAAAUGGGAACCCGACUCCCCCGAUUACACACUCAGUGGUCUAAAUCUUCAAAUUCAGCCAGCGUCUAUAGUGGUGAUCUUGGGUUCCACGGGAUCUGGUAAAUCCAGUCUUAUCCAGGCCAUACUCGGUGAGCUAAAGGCCGAGUUCGGCCGGGUCAAGGUGAAUGGCUCCAUUUCCUACUCCUCCCAAGAGCCGUGGCUCUUUUCGGGCACGGUUCGUCAAAAUAUUCUCUUUGGCCAGCCCAUGGAUCGCCGGCGGUACGCCAAGGUGGUUCAAAAGUGUGCCCUGGAGCGGGAUUUCGAAAUACUUCCGUUGAAAGACAAGACCAUAGUUGGAGAACGUGGAGCUGCCCUGUCUGGUGGCCAAAGGGCAAGGAUCGGUUUGGCUAGGGCUGUCUACCGGGAAGCCUCCAUUUACCUACUGGACGAUCCGCUGAGUGCGGUGGACACCAAUGUGGCCCGCCAUCUCUUCGAGCAGUGCAUUUGUGGCUAUCUGCGUGGGAGCACCGUAGUCCUGGUCACCCAUCAGCAGCAGUUCCUGCAGCUCGCCGAUCAGAUUGUGAUCCUGGACAAGGGACAGGUGAGUGCUGUGGGCACCUACGAAUCGCUCCUCAAGUCUGGAGUCGACUUUGUCAACAUAAUCGGAGAAAAGGACGAUGAUGUGGAGGAGGAGCGAACCCGUCUGGAAAUUAAAAACCAUGACGAAGUGCGCCGCGACAGCUUGAAAUCGGUGCAGUCCGUCGCAGAUUUGUGCCCGGAGAAGAUCAUUAAGGAGCAUCAAAAGUCGGGUCGCAUCGGUCUUGGAUUGUACCUGAAGUACUUCCAGGCGUGCGGUGGACCUUUCGCUUUCCUUGUCAUGAUGGGCGGCUCUGUGCUGGCACAGGGCGUGGUUACGUGGGGCGACUCCUUCCUCAAUUACUGGGUCAAAAAGAAUCGCACCGUUUCUGUGUCUGAAGAAUUCGGAACCCUGGAGUCGAAUGUCUUAAUAAGUGGACAAAAUACGGACUCCGACACAAUGGAUUUAUACAUUUACACGCUCAUCACAAUACUGUCCCUUAUAUUGACCUUGUCGUUUGCGACAAUGUUUUUCAACAUGACUAAGAAAGCAUCUAUUCGAUUGCACAAUACCAUAUUCAAUAGGAUUAUACGGGCCUCUAUGUACUUCUUUAGCACAAAUGAACUGGGAAGCAUUUUGAAUAAGUUUUCGAAGGAUAUGAGCCAAGUAAGCGAGCAGAUUCCCGAGAUGAUGGUGGAACUGAUAAACGUUAUUCUUCGGAUAACUGCAAUUAUCGUCAUUGUAGCCAUUAUUAACCCUCUGUUGCUAGCCCCAACACUAGUUAUGGCCAUCAUUUUCUGUCAACUGCGCAACUUUUAUCUUAAAACCUCUAGGGACUUGAAGCGUGUUGAAGCUGAAGCCAGGUCCCCUGUAUACUCACAUUUGACUGCUUCUCUAAACGGUUUGUCCACAAUCCGUGCCUUUGGGGCUCAGCCCGUCCUGGAAACUGAGUUCGGCAAUUACCUGGACAUGCACAGCUCUGCUCUUUUCAUGUCCCUAAGUACAUCGAAAGCCUAUGGUUACUGGAUGGAAUGCUUCUGUGUGCUUUACAUAGGAAUCGUCAUCCUCAGUUUCUUCCAGUUUCCUCCGGCGAACGGAGGAGACGUGGGUCUUGCCAUAACCCAGGUCAUGGCACUGAUGGGCAUGGUGCAGUGGGGAAUGCGACUAUCCGCCGAGCUGGAGAACACAAUGACCGCCGUGGAGCGCGUGGUUGAGUACGAGGACAUUGAGCCGGAGGGGGAGUUGGAGGCGCCAGCUGAUAAGAAGCCACCCAAGUCCUGGCCAGAGCAGGGAAAGAUCGUGUUCGACGAGCUGAGCCUGCGCUACAACCCCGAUCCAAAGGCGGAGAAUGUGCUCAAGUCCCUGAGCUUCGUGAUAAAACCAAGGGAAAAGGUGGGCAUCGUGGGACGCACUGGGGCGGGCAAGUCCUCGCUGAUCAACGCCCUCUUCCGACUGUCCUACAACGACGGAUCCGUGCUGAUAGACCAGCGGGACACCAGUGGGAUGGGUCUGCACGACCUGCGCAGCAAGAUCUCGAUCAUCCCCCAGGAGCCCGUGCUCUUCUCCGGCACGAUGCGCUACAACCUGGAUCCCUUCGACGAGUACAGCGACGAGAAGCUGUGGCGCUCCCUGGAGGAGGUGAAGCUGAAGGAUGUGGUGGCGGACCUUCCCAGUGGGCUGCAGAGCAAGAUCACCGAGGGAGGGACCAACUUCAGCGUGGGUCAGCGCCAGUUGGUCUGCCUGGCGCGGGCCAUCCUGCGCGAGAACCGCAUCCUGGUGAUGGACGAGGCCACGGCCAACGUGGAUCCCCAGACGGACGGCCUCAUCCAGACCACCAUCCGCAACAAGUUCAAGGAGUGCACCGUGCUGACCAUAGCCCAUCGCCUGCACACCAUCAUGGACUCGGACAAGGUGCUGGUGAUGGAUGCCGGCAGGGCGGUGGAGUUCGGGACGCCCUACGAGCUGCUCACGGUGGCGGACUCCAAGGUGUUCCACGGCAUGGUCAAGCAGACGGGUCACGCCACCUACGAGGGUCUGCUGAAGGUCGCACAAAAGGCAUUUGAAUCCUCCCAGAAUCCCAGUCUUUCCUCAUGAGACCAAGUUAUUAUGUGAACUAAGUGCUUAAAAUUGUGCCGAGGUUCUUGUCACCGAAUCUUUAUAGCUAAUUUAACUAAUGUUAAUAUUUUUGAAUGUGUUAAUUCGUGUGAAUGUAAAUAUGUUUGUCCGUAUGUAUGUGAAUACUUUAUAUAACUCAAGAAUUGUAUAGGAUUGCGUUGCCUAAUUUACUAUUUGUAUUUAUUUAACUUUCACUAAGUGCAAAGAAGUGCCUUUAAAAAUAAAUAAAAUAUUUUCUCUGUUUA